UAGCUGACUGUGGGCUCUGUCGGCUAGUUCACCGGCACUAGCGGUUAAAACACGGUUUAAGGUCGCUACCGAUAGACCGCGUUCGCUAUAAUAUUGUGUUUUAAACUAAGUUUUACUGUCAUGUCGUGGACUACAGGAUCGAUUCAACUGUUCCUGAUUUUGUGUUUUACGCAAACUUGUCUGACGACACACCCAGAAACCAGAGGCUUCACAGGUACAGAGAAAAAUGGAAGCCUGUGGAUCAAUCUAAAUGACGAAGAAGUCCUGAGCGGUCGCCUUACAACCGUCUUUCUCCCAAUCAUUUACAUAAUUGUGUUUUUGGUGGGUCUCCCCACCAAUGCCUUGGCAAUCUGGGUCUUCCUCUUCAGGACCAAGAAAAAGCACCCAUCUUCGAUCUACAUGGCCAACCUGGCUCUGGCUGACCUGCUGUUUGUCAUCUGGCUCCCCUUAAAAAUCGCCUACCACUUCAACGGCAACAACUGGAUCUACGGAGAAGGAUUAUGCAAAGUGCUGGUAGCAUUUUUCUACGGCAACAUGUACUGCUCAAUUGCCUUUAUCGCAUGUAUAAGUGUUCAGCGUUAUUGGGCUGUGGCUCACCCGCUGUCUCAGCAACAGAAGAGAAACCGUGUAGCUGUUUCUGUCUCUGUCACUAUCUGGGUGGUGGUCUGGCUCAUCAGCAUCCCUCUCUAUCUGUAUAAUCAAGAAGUUAAGAUAGCAAAACUCAAAAUCCUGACCUGCCAUGAUGUCACCAAGCCCUCUCAGAAGAAGAUUGCAGCAGGCUACUUUCUGACAAUGGGAAUGCUGGGAUUUGUCAUUCCCACUAUUGUGUGCAUCGUAUCUUAUGUUCUCAUGCUGAAGGCUCUCAGGAACAGCAUGAAGGAUCCUGCCAUUGCCAAGAGACGCAAAAAGGCUGUGGUCUUGAUCGUCACUGUCCUUGUUAUGUUUUUAUUGUGCUUUACCCCGAGUAACAUCAUGCUGAUGGUGCAUUACAUCCUCCUGCUUAAAGGGGCGGACAACAACUUGUAUGGGUUUUACAUCACGACCCUGUGCUUGGCCAGUCUCAACAGCUGUUUUGACCCUUUUGUUUACUAUUUCAUCUCCGAAGACUUCAGGGAGCACGUGAAGAACACAUUCCUGUGCCGAAGUGAGAGGACAGCACAGAGGAUGAGGGUCUCCUUCAGCGCUUUGAAGUUCUCCAAAAAAAGCAACUCAUAUACGUCAGGGUCAGGGAACACACGGAGCACGGAUUGUUAGUGAAUUCUUGAUUAUUUUUUUUUUAAGACUUGUUUUUAUCAUUUUACUGAAAUGUAAAAAGGACUUCCUGGUUUGUUACAGGUGAACAAGUCAGUUUGACUUUUAAUGUUACUGAUUUUUAAAGUUUUGUAAAAUCUUUGCUUUCAUUUGUUUUUUGUUGUUGUUUAAUGUGUAACGUUUCUUAAAGCUGCCUUAAUUUAAUUUAUCCAGAAUGUGAACAAUUGCUUUAGACAUUACAAAUGUGUCCAAAAUUGUGCCAUAAUUUUUAUUGAGAGCAACUCUCUGACAGCUUGUGCUAGAGUGCUUUGCUGCCUUGCUUAUAAAUAACAUUUAGCGUAUAUCAAAGAAGAUGAAGUCACUUUUUGUUUGUUUUUUGGUAAAUCUUUUUACUAUAUUUAAAAGGUUCUCAAUAAAAGUAUCAUCUCAAUUUAUUGUGCUUUCUCACUGCAUACUUGUUAGGUGUUAUCCAUCAGCUCACUAUUGCUAACCGAACUGGUUACAUUUGUGCACAAUUCUUUAAAUUAGUUGAAGCUCUCCGAUGUCAGUGCCAAUAAAAGAAAUGAUAUUUCUUUUAUUGGUUUUUCCAUUAUGCUUGUGACAGUUUGUGAAACAAGUAUGCAGUUGCAUAAAUGCCAUUGCAUGUGGCAUUAAAAGUGUUUCUAUGUUA